AUGGGCAAUGGGUGUUCUGGUUAAAGAGAAAUGACUGAAAGAUCUGAAACUUUGAGGCAACCAUCUAUUACUUUAACUAAAUUAAUAGAAUAAGAUAAGUUAAUCAGCAUUGUACCGACUAGUUAAUUAACAUAAAUAGAGAUUCCUAAUGCAUUACUUCCAUCUCCAUCAAGGCAGAGUAUUUCUUUUGAAGCUGUGAUGACUUCAAAAGUAAGAGUGCCUUCAGAAGAGAGUUAGUUUCAGAAUCAAUUUACUUAAAUUAAAGAAGUGAGAUUAACAAAUAAUUAAUCACAUCGUCCAAAAAUUCAGGUUCCUUAAAGAAAGCAUAAAAAAUAGGAAAUAUAUGAAAUUGAACAUUAAUAUCAUUCUUCAAGUCCAAAAAAAUAAAAAAACAGAAAGUAAAUUUCACCAUUAGAAAAUUAAUAAUAAUAAUAAUAAUAAUAAUACUAUGACUAUAAGAAAACUAAUAAAAGCAACAGAAAGAAAUCAACUUCAAAUUAAUAGAAAAUGAAAUAAUUAAAUGAAAUUGAAAUCAUUUCAAGAAGAAAAUAUUCUGAUCUUCCUUCUAGAACUGAAAAAACUUAAGUAAAAAGAAAGAUUAGUAAUUCAAUUGAUGAUCACAAUUUUAUUAUUGGAACGGAUUGUAUUUCUAAGGUAAAAUCAUAUACUCCAAGUCCAAUUUUAAAAAGAAAAGAGUCAGAUUGUGAAACUAAUUCUUUUUAAAAAAAGAUGGUACGAUUUAAAGACAUCAAUUAUAGAAGACCAGGCUUUGUUAAUUGA